AUGCAUGAUGAUAGUAGUUAUCGAUUAUUCAUUAAGUCGCUGCCACAGGAAACAACGCCGUAUAUAGAGAUCGAAUUUCGCGAUGCACCGAAAAAACGCAUCAAGCGCAACCUGUCGCUGAACUGUGAUGAAAAUGCGAACGAAACACGCUGCUGUCGCUAUCCGCUAACGGUGGAUUUUGAGAAGUUCGGAUGGGACUGGAUAAUUGCCCCGAAGCGCUAUGAGGCCUCGUACUGCGCCGGCGAGUGCAUGAUGACGUUUCUGCCCAAGUACGAGCAUACGCACGUGAUGCAGUUGAGCACCUCGGCCAUACCCUGCUGUUCACCGAAAAAGAUGCGACCGAUCAAGCUGCUUUACUUUGAUCUGAGUUACAACGUGAUCUACAGCACCAUACCGAACAUGGUAGUGGAAAAGUGCAGCUGUUCCUAAAUAGUGGAUGUAAUGGGAGGUGCUAGUAGCUAGACAAACGGUAAGAGGUUCUUCGGAUAAGGCAGUUCCCGAUAACAAAGUGCUUUUCAAAGUGGUGUGCGAUGAGUGAGAAGAAGAAUAAGUCCGCUUGGUGCUGGAGAUAGGAGAGAUGAGAGAGAUAAGAGACACGUACUCAAAGCGAUUGGAAUACAAAAACGCCAACCUACAACACCACGGAGACGUAGAAUACUAUUGUAAGAAAAUGCCAUGAAGUAAAUCGGACACAGUUCAACAGUAAAACUGAAGAGAGUUGCGACGAACAAACAAAAUUGAAUACCAUAUCGCAGCAACGCAGAUUCUUUGACCAUUACACUUCCUAAAGUGAGCCUGUACUUCGCUAAUAUUUGGAGCUUAAUAAAAUUUAGUUUAGAUCUCUAGCAAUUAACGAUUGAAUAAGCAAUUAUUAAAAAAAAAUUAACAACUCUCCGUGUAUUCGGCGAACGGGUGAUAGUCAAAUUGAAAUUUAGAAUUUACAAAAUUAUUAUCGCUUUUGGUGGGAGCGCGCGUGAUUAAAAAGUGUACAGAUUAGUGAACAAAACAAAGGAAAGCUAUUAACCAAGUCACAGGCAUCAUAGGGCCAAAGGAAUAUCAUGUUGGAAAAGGCGACUGAUAAUGAUAAUGCGGAUAAUUAUCAAGCGGAACCGCGUGCAUCAAAGAACCACGUGACACGUGAGCCAUUUUGUGAUAAAGCAUAACAAAAAGUAUCACGAAAAGGAUCUAAAAAAACAGAACCAGCAUAGAAUCGAACCUCAAGAAAGACGAACAAAAAACGUCCACGUUCUUUCUCUUAUACUCUGGCAAGAAAACAACGAGUCACAGUGAGUUGAACUGUUUUUGUAUGUCACAGAACGGUCAUUUUGAAGUGUAUUUGUGCCGAUCCCAGCCGUGGAUGGUGGGCACAGAGAAAUAAGCGUUUAGAGGAUUUUGUAGAUACAAUCGCAAUAAGCAAUUUCCGAUACAUUUCAGUCGUGGAACACUCUUUUCCAGUUUUUGUGUGUUUAGUAAACUUCGUUUUUCAGAUAAAUAGACAAGCAUUCCAGCAAAAGGACCGUUAUCUGGGCAAAACUAUUUGUGACUAUUAAACUGUGGGCAAAAACACAAAUAAAAUAGACAUACGGCGGUUAUUUUCU